CUAGGAGGCCGCCACCAAUCACUUAAAAAUCACACCUUUACAGCACGCCUCCACAUCCUCCGCACGCCUAUCAAAGGGAAAGAACAAACACUCAUCAACCCCGCAAGGACGCCGUGAACGCUUAACCCAACGACGACAACCGCCUCCCCUGCCACCGCACAACGGAAAUCCCAUCGAAAUCUGCAAUCAUUGAGUCCGAUCGAAAGAGGAAGGAGCCUGUAGAUCGGGCCGCUGCUGGAGAUCAUCGAAGUAAACACAAACACAACCACCACCACCACGACAAGAAGUCGAAAAUGUCAUCGUCUUCUUCGUCUGAUAAAGUUAGGGCCUCGCACAUACUGAUAAAGCAUGAAGGAUCUCGGCGUAAGGCUUCGUGGAAGGAUCCAGAAGGUCGAAUCAUCAGCAACACCACAAGAGACUCAGCUGUCUCCCAGCUCAAGACACUCCGCGAUGACAUAGUUUCGGGGAAGUCGAAGUUCGAGGAUGUUGCAUCUCGUUACUCCGAUUGUAGCUCUGCUAAACGCGGAGGAGAUCUCGGUUCAUUUGGAAGGAAGCAGAUGCAGAAGCCAUUUGAGGAAGCAACUUAUGCAUUGAAAGUGGGGGAGAUAAGUGACAUUGUGGAUACUGAUAGUGGUGUUCACAUCAUCAAAAGAACUGGUUAACCAAGACUCUGCAUUAUAACUAAGUGGAAAAAAAACAUGGGAAUUUUCUGCGAUAGAAGCAACUUAGAUCUCGUGGGCCGAAUGUAAUAGAUUGUAAUCUGCAUUUAUCGACAUAUUUGACAGUUUAUUUGUUUGCAUUCCUGAAUAUUUAUGUUGGAUUUUAUGUUUUAAGAGGAGUCAAUAAUUGCAUGGAAAAAAUAUAUUAGUUUGAUUAGUUGGAUAUGUUCCUAAGAAAAAUAUAUCACCCACAGGUGUUGCACACAGGA